AGUGGGUCCGCGUGCGUUUCCGGUACCGUUUAGUUGUGUUUCAACGGGAGCAGAACCCUUCAAGCUCUGGUGCUCCGGUGUUUCUCCACAGUCUCUUUGUUAUUGUAUAUUCGCUCCGAUGUACCGAGCGCCGGACAGACCUCAGCCGAGUCCCGGAGCUCCGCCACCAACUGAUAGGUACCCUUCCCCGGGCUCCUGCUGGGGCUUCCCCGGGGCUCGCCCCCCCUCCGGACCCGCGUACUCUCCGGGUUCUCACCGAGGGUACAGUGGCGGUUCUCCAUCCGGGUUCGGUAGUGGGUCCCGGGGUUUCGGAGACUCUCCAUCCGGGUUCGGUAGUGGGUCCCGGGGUUUCGGAGACUCUCCAUCCGGGUUCGGUAGUGGGUCCCGGGGUUUCGGAGACUCUCCAUCCGGGUUUGGUAGUGGGUCCCGGGGUUUCGGAGGAGCGAGGCGGUACAGAGGAGCUGGUUCCCGGAGACCUCAGUCCUUCAGUCCCUCAAACCUGCAGGGUGAAGCUUCAGUGGAGAAAUACUUCAGUCCGUCUAUGCUACAGGAUCCCUGGGAAGCGCUUCAGCCGGCUGCAGCGAGACAGUCCUCCUGAAAGGAAAAACAAGAGAAACUGAACUCCAACCAGAAGCAAUAGAACAGCUACAGACAACAAGAUGAUAAUAAUACUAACAAAGGGCACCAAUCACAGGCUGCUUCAUCCUCACAUGACCUGUCAGUCUCAUGUCCAGGUGUUUGGAGACACAAAGUGUCACUGAUUUAUGGACAGAUGUGCACCAGCCACAUGAUUGAUGUAUUGAAUGGUUUUAAUACUUUGACACAUGUGGUUCAACAUUAUCCUGAAUCAUAUCCUGAGUUUUGUAUUGAACAUUUGUAGUCCCCCUCAUGGUGGAUUUAAAUGAAACCUUCAAAGUGUGUUUCAGGUUAUCUUGUGGAUUUUAAUAAAAGUGCCACCAUGCUGUUAA